GUUAUCAUCAGUCAUGGGCAUGUGAGGAGUGCUCACUGAAUUACCCCGAGCUAUCAACUUUACACUUUAACUUCCAUUUCGCCUUAAUUUUCAUCUUUUAGCCACUGGAACUGCUGUGUCAGUGAUGGAGUCGUCGCUGGAGAGCUCCACCUCUUCGCAGGGUAAGCCGGUGCGCUGCAGUCGCACCUGUAAGAUCAUCGUGAUCGGAGACGCCGGUGUCGGUAAGACCUGUCUGACCCACCGCUUCUGCACCGGACAGUUUCCCAGCAGAACGGAGGCGACGAUCGGGGUCGAUUUUCGGGAGAAACUUCUUGAUAUAGAAGGCGAAAAAAUCCGAGUGCAGUUGUGGGACACAGCUGGUCAGGAACGUUUUCGCAAAAGCAUGGUGCAGCACUACUAUCGCAAUGUGCACGGCAUUGUCUUCGUCUUUGAUGUCACUAACCCUACUAGUUUCCGCAAUCUACCAUUGUGGAUGGAUGAGUGCCGUCAGCACUCUCUUGGUCCAGAUGUACCACGUGCUCUUGUUUGCAACAAGGUCGACCUGAUAACUUCAUCGACGACUACUCUGUUAAUCGAGCAGUCUCGUCACUUGGCCGAUGUCCAUGGAAUGACUUUUUACCUUACUUCAGCCAAAGGCCCCAAAGGGGACCAGGUGGACACCAUCUUUAUGACAUUGGCGCAAAGAUUGAAGAGCCAGAGGGGGCAGUAUAUGAACGAAUGUGUGUUACAGUCCAGCAGAGCAGCAGCUGGGAGCUUCAAAAUUCCAGCGAGAUGCAUAACUGAGAAAGAGAUGAAGAAGUGUGCCUGCUCCUGCUAAUGGAUGGAUGAAAGCAUAUUGUCUAUAUUUCAGUGUUCACUCAAGGCGGCACAGUAAAGAGCAAACAUGUCCCAUGAGAUCACAGGUCAAUGGUUAUGUCUAAGCAAAGGAUGAAGGAUAUUUUCUAGCUUUCCAUAUCAAUAUGUAGAGACUGAAACAAAUCUCACGCUGCCAUUUAGGAUCUCAAGUCAAACUCUGAACCCCCACAAGGUCUAAUGCCUAUUCAAGUAACACAUUGUUGGUUUAGAGAGAUAUUAAUAGAAAUAAACAUCAAGACAGCAGUGGCAUAAAAAGUACUCUGAAAUUAUACUUAAGUAAAUGUAUGGCUAGUGAGGGAAAAUUUUACUUAAAAGUAUCUAGCCAAAAACAUACUUGAUUGAAAGUAAAAAAGUAUUCAGAUUAAUUUGUACUUACUUUUUACUUUUUUAAUAAUUAACUUUUUUCCUAGCUAGCAUUAAAUCAAGAGAGGAGAUUGUCUAAGAGAGGAUGUUGUUAAAUUCAGUUGGUUUCAGUUGCCUGGUCAUAAAAUUGUUACAAUAACAAAAUUUUUGCUAAAUUAUUUUUAUGUGUCCGGUUGUACGUAACAUGGCAGUUUCCUGGUGGAAUGAACACUAGAGGCGCUAAAACAACAUUGACUCUUAACCCCUUUUCACUCAAAUCACGAGUAAAACGGCAGAUUAUCAGUUCAUAAACACACAUUUUUCAUUCUGUUCCUCACACAAUGCUUGUUUGAGUGCGAUCAAAUUGCACGGAAGCUCUACUGAUAGAGUGUUGCAUAUGCAAUACAAAGGACUGGGGUAUGAGUCCUGAAGAGCACACGCGUCGACACGUGAGUGAAAGUGUCAUAGAAGCACCAAAUAUGAAGUGGUUGCUUCAAAAAUUGUUUUUCAUGUCACAUUUGCUUUUUCUGACACUAUCGGUUUGGUUUAGGUUUAGGGUUGAGAGAUCAGUUUUGUUGAAUAAAACCUCUAUAGAAUAUUAAUCUUAACCUCAUCUGUUCGGGAGAACGUUUUGCUCUCUUUUAGCACCACACAGUGGACAUUUCACUUCAGAACUGCCCUGAGACGUGUAAUGAACCGCAUAAUUUUACUUAGCAAAAUCAUUGCCACAGUCACGCAAUGUUCGUUGCAUGAGAGAAGGCACUCAUGAAUUGCGAUGUCAGAACACCCAGCCCCUUGAGACACAGAGAAAGAUGAAAAAAAUUCAAAAUAAGCUUUGAAGAAAGUUUGUAAUGUUGUUGGUUUUGUGAAUUGUUUUCUGAGCUUUGCUACAUAACCCUGCUGUUGAGCAGAUGGAUGAAUACAAUAAAAUACAUAAUUAUUUACUCAGAUUUCCACAUUUUUUAAAAUCAUCAUUAUCAUUGCUGGUUUUAUAGUUAUUAUUAUAAUUUAUAAUUGCCUAACAACAACAACAAUAGUAAUUCAGCAUAUAGGGGGUAAAAAUUCAUUUAUGAUUUAAAUAUGAAUGCAAGUGUAGAAAUAAAUGACAUGUACACAUUUAAUUACAAAAGCCUUUUGUUUUUAUUUACAGUAUAUAUUUGCAGCGUGAAUGAUCAUUUCAUAAAUGUCCAAUCUGUACAAGUAGCAGGCGUUUAGAAUAAAGUUUAAGACAAAA